GAAGAAUCCAAGAUUACAAAAACAUUUUGCCAAGAUGGCAAUGUGAAAUUCAAUUCUUUGCGAGAAUUUAAAUGGUUUCGUACGGCAGAAGUAUGGAUUUCUCUGAAAUUGCUGAGGAUGAUAUUUCAAAUUUGGGAUUUGAGUUUGAUACUGACCAAAGUACGCCUGCAAAGAAACAGGGAGGUGGAGGGAGAGGUGGAAGGAUGCAUCCACAAGGAAUCCCACACCAGAGAGGUUUUGGUCCAAGGGGGGGACCUCCAAGAUUUAUGGGUCCAGGUGGUCCAUUUCCACCUAUGAGACCUCCAUUUCGGGAACCUCCUUUCCCACAUGAUGGCCCACCUUUCGAUCACUCAUUUGAUCAUGAAAGUCCGCCAUUUGAUCAUAGAGGACCACAUUUUGAACCACGAUUUGGUCCCCGUGGACCACGCGGUCCUCGAAUGGAACCACCAUUUUCACCGAAAGGGCCUCAUUUUGGCCCACGAGGUCCACGGGACCAUCCUAUGAACCGUCCAAUGCCACCAGGAGGCAGUCCAGGUGAGCGACCUGCAGGACAAGGAGAACGUACAGUGCGGCCAAAUCAACCAAAUCGCUCCAAUACAUUGCCUAAAGGACCUCGAACGCCUCAAACUAGACCACAACAGCAAAGCCAGGGAGGUGAAACCCAAGCAAAACUUCAAUCAACGCCACAAAAACAGCCAAACCAGAAUAAACCCAAAAACGAUUCAGGAAAAACAAGUGAGAAUGGUUCACGUAAAGAACAGGAUCAGAACGCGGUAAAAGGCUCGGAAGUCAAAGAUGUUGUUAAGGAAAAACACGAAUGUGACGGUGAAGAAAAUGAAUCGAAUGAUGUUGAUUUGGAAGAUGCCGUGAGUAUUCAUGGGGAUGAAGAAUUCGAUAUUGAAAAGGAUCAGGAAGAGCAAAAUAAGGAGAUAAAGAAACAAAAUACUGCUGAUUCUAAGAUAAAAAGUAAGAGUGAAAAUGAAGAAAAAGGGAAACCUAAGGGUGACAGAUCAGAAGAUAAAAAGGAUUUUAAUCGUGGAAGAGGACGAGGUGGUAGUUUUGGUCGUGGAAGAGGAUUAAAUCGUGGUAGAACACCACCAAGGUUUCAUGGACCUGAGCGGGAUAUGCAUCCUCCUUUUCACGAUAAUGGGCCUCGACCAUUUCCAGCAGGACCAUUUCACCCUAAUUUUCGUGGACCACCUGUUGGAAAAAAUAUUCACGUGAAUCCUCGUUUUAUGGCUCCUAGGCCUGGGUUUGAAGGUCAUCGUGGUCCUCCUCCCAUGAGACUUCCAGGUCCAUUUCCUGGCCAGGUAUUACCACCGCCACCAGAUCUACAAGUUAGAGGAUUGCCACCAAGGCCUGGUUUACCUGGAAAUCCAGAAUUAGCACCACGAUUUGUUUCUCCGCCGCAGGCAGCGAUAACACCUGCCGGACAAAGAAUAGUCCCUGCUGGGCCGUUGCCUGUUGCUGAUGCUAUGGUUGUACGAAAUCCAGCUGCUGGUCUUCAUCACUCGGCACAGUUUGCACCUGGAAUGGCGCCUGUCUUGCGUCCUGGUCUUCCAGCUGCACCGCACGCGCCGUUAAGUGGUGCUACAAUGGAUCGCAUUUACCUUAACCAGAGAAUGAUUGGCAACGAGCGAGCAGAUUUAGCUGCAUUAUAUAAUAAUCCGGCUUUCAUUGCGAGGCAACAGCAAUACCCUACCGCUGCCAUGCAACAAGCCAUGUAUGAUAUGCAGAACUGGCAACAACAAAUGCGUAGAGAUCAAGCUUUUGACAGAGAAUCAGCAGAACGACAGACUAAACGCACACGCGAGAAAUCUAAUCGAAAAUAUAGCGACAAUAGCGAUUUAAGUAGCCGCUCAAGAUCUGGUUCGUUCUCAGACUCUCGAUCGGACUCUCGUUCUGGUUCGUCUUGGAGUCGGUCAAGGUCACGUUCAUUGUCACCAUCACCAACGCGAUCAUGGUCUAAAUCAAUAUCCAGGUCUAGAUCCAGGACUCCGGUGAGCCGUACCCGCUCUUCUCCAAGACGUGAAGUUCGAAUACCUAGAGCAGGCUCACCAUCCAGACGUACAGAGAGAUCAGCUAAGCGAACUAGAGAGACACGUAGAGAGUCUAGAAGAGAAAAAGACAGGAAGAGCACGAGGGUCGGAGAACCUCGUAACAGGUCUCCGCGUUUUAGGCGUGGACCGCGUGUUGAGAAAGGUCGUGAGAAACAGAGUGAAAGGUCACGAGGAGAUAGAGGGAAACGUGACGGUUCAAAGGAAAGACGAGACAGGGAGAGAGAUCGAAAAAAUGAACGAAGUAGAAAUAACGAGAAUGAGAGUAGGGAGAGAGCGGGUAGUAAGCGCUCAAAGGUCGAGAGUCGUGGAGUUCGAGAAUCUCAUGGGAGUAGUAGGCAUUCCCGCAAAAGCACUCCUGAUCGAAAGUCUUCAAAUGCUGACAGCAAAACAAACCGAGUUGUGGCGACUAAAUCCAGUAGCUCUGGUAAACCCGCAAACCGCAUUGUGAUUGGUUCUUUGCCCAACUCUAUCACUCCAUUUAAACUGAAGGAUUUAUUGGCAACUAUUGGACCUAUUGAGCAACUGAAAAUGUCUACAACAAAGCAUAAAGCCUUAGUGACGUUUGAGAAAUAUGAGCACGCUUUAGCUUGCAGGCGAAAGUUUCACAGGUAUGUGCAUAAUUUCGUAAUUUUUUAUGUAGCUUUUCAAUUCACUUUCGCUAAAAUGCAGGGCGCAAUAGUAAAAAACCUAAAAAUGACCAGUGGUUUAAUUCAGUAAUCAUUUAUCGAUUAACCGAGUUUCACUAAACCUAAACAUUGUACGUAUUAAAAUAAAAUGCUUUAGUUGCAGAAAUUUGCUUAUUUAUAGGCAGAGUAAAUUGGUAAGUAAAAAUGAAUCGCUUAAUUUUUAACGCCAGUAAUAUGAUAUUUUGGUAAUGCGACAAAAAAUAACUUAUUUGCAUCUUCAAGGGGAAAUGGAAGUAAAAAUGUACCAAAUAUGAAGGUUAGAAUUUGUUUGAUUGUUUGUUUGUUUGUUUUCGUCGUUGAUUUUUAUGUUUUUACGUUGCGUAUAUUUUAUGUUACGUCUUUUUAUUUUUUGUUUCUUUUGUGUCGGGUAAUUGUGGGUGAUAUGUCUGCGGUACAAAAAUAGCUGGACUAAAGGAAUUUAUGACAAACUAAAAUAACUGAAUUGUCUUCUGAAUUAUUGCUUGUACCUGUUGCAAAGCAUCGUAUAUGAUGGUGCCAGUAGAGACUGCGCUGUAUUGACACGAAUAACCCUUUACUUCAUGCUUGUACGUAAUUGAAUAACUAUGUUUAGUAACAAUGAAUAGUUCUAAGAUGGUAUUAUAAACACUGUCUGAUCAUAUUUGUUCAAAAAGUCUUCCAAGGCAUACUUUAGGUAAACGUCGAAAUACACCUUUCAACAGUAUAGUGCCCCGUUUCAACAUAGCCGGACGAAAGGUUUCGUUUAGGCAUUUUGAAACGAUGUUUCUAUUUUGUAACCGAAUAUGACAUUUCUUGGGCAAAGAGCCUGGACGAGUAAAACUUCAGCCUGUAUUCCUGUCUAUGUUGAAACAAGGCCUAGGGGUGCUGGGGCCGAUUGUAUAAAAUGUAUAGUUAGUGAAUUUUGGAACAAGAAGGAAUUUCGUUUUAAUCGGUAUAUUUGUUUACAUUUUUUUUAGACAAAGCCAAUCAGAAUGCCUACAUUUUUAAUA